AACCAAUGAAAUCCCUGGAAUGUUGAAUACAGGAAGUAAAGACCAAGCAGCAGAGCAAACACGCUAUCAAUCUAAUAAUGCCAUUAAGAACACAGCACUGGAUUUUUCUGUUAAUCUUACAAUCAUCCAAAUACAUAUUAAUAAUGGCGACACAUUCUAAACCCAACUUCGUACUGAUGUUGGCUGAUGAUCUUGGUAUCGGUGACCUUGGUUGUUAUGGGAAUGACACAAUAAGGACACCAAAUAUAGACAGGCUUGCCAAAGAGGGUGUCAAAUUAACUCAACACAUUGCAGCAGCACCAAUAUGUACACCGAGCAGGGCCGCAUUCAUGACAGGAAGAUAUGCUUUCAGAUCUGGCAUGGAUACAUGUGGAGGAGGUCGUGCUCUAAAAUGGCUUGGUGUAUCUGGUGGACUUCCCCCUAAUGAGACCACAUUUGCUAAAAUAUUAAAGAAUGAAGGAUAUUACACUGGCAUGCUAGGAAAAUGGCACCUAGGACUGAACUGUAAAACGCUUAAUGAUUACUGUCACCAUCCUCUAAGCCAUGGAUUUAACUAUUUUUAUGGUGUUCCCCUUACCCUCAUUAAUGAAUGUGAGCCAGGAGGCCUGCUGGAAAUCGAUGCACCAUUUAGGGCCCAACUGAUUUUUAUCACUCAGCUUAUUGGCUUUGCUGUGCUUACAAUGGUGGUUGUUAAAUAUACUAACUUGCUGGAAAUCAGUGGGAAAGUGGUAUUUUGCUGCGCAUUGUUUGGCAUUUUGUUUUUUCUAGCUUGGUACAUAAAAUAUGGUUUCCUACAGUACUGGAGUUGCAUACUUAUGAAGAACUAUGAAAUUAUAGAACAACCAAUGAAUGUACAGAGAGCAUCUGCUGACUUAAUAAGAGAGGCACAGCAGUUCAUUGAAAGACAUAAAGAUGGCCCUUUUCUGCUUGUCAUUUCAUUUCUCCAUGUUCACACGCCACUGGUUACAACAAAAUCAUUUGUUGGGAAAAGCAAACAUGGGAUUUAUGGGGAUAAUGUUGAGGAAAUGGACUCUAUGGUUGGUUCAGUUCUCAAUGCAAUUGAUAAUGCUGGACUGAAAAGCAACACAUUGAUCUAUUUCGCAUCAGAUCAUGGAGGACACUUGGAGGUCAAAGAUGGUGACAUUCAAAUUGGAGGAUGGAAUGGAAUAUACAGAGGCGGAAAAGCAAUGGCUGGUUGGGAAGGUGGAAUUCGUGUUCCAGGGAUCUUUAGGUGGCCUGGUGUCCUUCCUUCUGACACGGAGAUUAAUAAACCCACAAGCUUGAUGGAUGUUUUCCCAACCGUAGUCCAUUUGGGUGGUGCAGAAUUGCCUAGUGACAGAAUUAUUGAUGGUCGGGACAUAUUUCCAUUGCUUUUGAAGAAAAUCAACCAUUCCGAACAUGAGUUUCUAUUUCACUACUGUGGAAAUCAUUUACAUGCGGUGCGAUGGUACCAAAAAGAAAGUAGCACGACCUGGAAAGUACACUUCAUAACUCCUGCUUUUCAUCCAGAAGACGCAGUAGGUUGCUAUAAUAAUUUACUCUGUGGUUGUGAAGGAAAGGAUGUCAUUCACCACAGUCCUCCUCUGUUAUUUGAUUUAUCUGCUGAUCCUUCCGAAUCCAAGCCUCUUCAGUCUCAUACCAACCCUUACUAUAAAGAGGUUAUAAACAAAAUAGAGACUGCUGUAGAAGAACACAAGAAGACCAUCAGUGUGGUUCCUCAUCAGUUAUCCUUCUACAAUAAUCUCUGGAAGCCGUGGUUACAGCCAUGCUGUGGAAUAUUUCCCUUUUGUUGGUGUAAUAAGAAAGAUAAUAAUGGGACAGACACCCUCUGAUGCCUUGUACACACAAUCGGAAUUUCCGAUGGAAAAAAUCCGACUGACUUUUACCAUCGGAUAUUCCGACC